AUGAAGCAGUUUUCUUCUGUUCUAGAGAAUCCUUUAGAGUCAAAAUUCAGCUCUGUAUUCAAGGAAUGCAUUGAGAUGAAAGUUCCUAGGUUAUGCAAACAGCACUCAGUAGUCAACUUGAGGGCUCAUGGUUUAAAGCAACCCAGCAUCAUGAGUAGACAAAUGUGCAUUUGGUUAGUAAUUACAUCGUGGAUCAUUGGCUUUGUGCAUUCACCAAGCCAACCAGUUUUGAUUGUCAAGCUGCCUUUCUGUGGACCUACGGCAUUGGAUAGCUUUUUCUGUGACAUACCAUUGGUAAUCAAGCUUGCCUGCAUGGACACCUAUGUUCUGGAAAUGUUAAUAAAUGCUGACGCUGGAGUACUGGCUACCAUCUACUUCAUCCUGUUGGUGACCUCUUACUCUUAUAUUCUGUUUACUGUCUGCCUUUACUCUAAAGAUGGGGCAUCCAAGGCUCUCUCCACCUGCACUGCUCACAUUACAGUGGUGGUGCUGUUCUUUGGACCCUGUAUUUUCAUCUAUCUACGGCCACUCAGUACCACUUGGGUGGACAAAUUUCUUGCUGUAUUUUAUGCAGUUAUCACAGCCCUCCUGAAUCCAGCUAUUUAUACUCUAAGAAAUAAAGAGAUAAAAUAUGCCAUGAAGAGGCUAAGGUGUUAG